CACUUGCAGUUCAAGAACCACAAGCAGGACUCCGAAGCCGGGAGUAAAAGUACCAACGAUAUAUUGGAGCUCAUAAAGGAAAGACAAGAACACAUCUUCUGCUUUUAGGACUUUUUGGAGCUCCGAUAUACAAUCAAUUCGAUAUUUGGCUAUAGUCAGUUUACCUGGAUAUAGCAACCAAAAAAAGUUGGUAGUACACUCUUUGGAGUUUGGUCAGAGUCGUUUUAUUUUACUUUUGCUUGUGGAAGUGGACACUGCUCUAGAACUUGGGGUCGAUCCGAUACAGUCGUGUCUGGACUUGCCAUUUACAGUUUCUGCCGUCGCCCCUUGCUGAACGUUUUGGCCCGAACAUUCUGCGAUGACAACGUGAAGACUCCGAAAGUUGCUUCCUGAAUCCAGCUCGAAGAAUUGUGGACUUUUGGAUGGAGAGUGUGCACUAAAAGAACAUUCUCAAGACACAUCUUUGACACAUGGCUGUCUGUCUGUCCCACUGAAGCCUUUGAACCCCAUCCAAUUCCUCGGAAAGUAAACCAACAAGUUCCAAGCAACUGAAGUCACAUCGCAACAAAUUACAUAAAUAGAGGAGAGAGAAAAGAGUGAAAUCGAUUUGAGUCCCCUUGAAACGUCCUCUCGAAGCAACCACAGAAUGGCGUGGCCCUUAGUGGCCCUUGUGGCCCUCCUUUUCCUCGGUUUGACUUCCAGCAUCCCGUCUGGCCCUGCCUCUGAUACCUGCGCCACCCUGGAGCAGAGCCGCUUCUUCGGGCUGUUCUCUUCGACCGCCAACCUGCCCUCCACACCGUGCUCCUGGACCCUGCAGAACCCAGACCCUCGCCGCUACACCGUCUACAUGAAGAUCACCAAGCCCAGCGACUCCUGCCUGCCCCGCCAGGUCAAAACCUUCCAGUUCGACUCCUUCAUCGAGACCUCUCGCACCUACCUGGGUAUGGAGAGCUUUGAUGAAGUCGUCCGAUUGUGCGACGCUUCAACAUCUGUAACCUACCUGGAGUCUAGCAAGCAGUUCCUGCAGCUCCGCAAGGUGGCGCCAAGACACGGCCUGGAGAUUGUGGAGGGAGAGGGCAGCGGUGAGUUCAAGGCCGAGUUCCUGGUGGUGGGCAAGAGGAACCCCAGUAUGCCAGCCUGUCAGAAGCUGUGCCAGUGGCUGGAGAAUUGUUUGUCCACCAGCACUCAUCCCAACCCCUGCGGCAUCAUGAACACCCCCUGCCAGUGCUGGGAGACCCCCGUCAGGAAGCCCGGUGGCUGCUACCGUGGAGGCGUCUACCUGGAACAGUGCAUCCCAACCCCCAGAGACAAUGGACGUGACAUUGUACGUGACACCGAAAUCAUAAAGGGCUGGAAUGGUUGGGGCCGCUGGUCUGAGUGCAGUAUGGAGUGCGGGGGUGGAGUCCAGGUGCGCAGCCGAGCCUGUCAUCCAGAGGAUAGUGUGUGUGAAGGCGUGGUCGAAGAGGGGCGGGCCUGCAACCCUCAGCCCUGCAUUGGUCAAGUGCGUGCCCGUAGCCAAGCCCUAGCUUCCAUUGUUGGCCUGAAAAGAGAGAACGCUGAUGUUCCUAGCACUGGAGUCGUGGCCCCUCAAACAGUGGACGCUGCUGCGGUUGCAGAUGAGUGGUCCCCCUGGAGUGUGUGUUCAGUGAGCUGUGGAGAGGGCUGGCAGGCCCGCUCCCGUUUCUGUGUUACCUCCUCCUACAGCACCCAAUGCACCGGCCCCCUCCGCGAGAACCGGCCCUGCAACAACACCAUGGUCUGCCCCGUUGAUGGAGCUUGGGACGAGUGGUCCCCAUGGAGCCUGUGCUCUUCCACCUGCGGCCGUGGUUACCGUGACCGCACCCGCACCUGCAAGCAGCCCCAGAACGGAGGAGAACCCUGCAAGGGACCCAUCAAACAGACCAAGUUUUGCAACAUCGCAGUCUGCCCAGUGGACGGUGCCUGGAACGAAUGGUCCGGUUGGACCACCUGCUCCGCCUCUUGCUCGAAUGGCACCAAGCAGAGGACACGUGAAUGCAACGGACCGUCCUACGGAGGCUCGGAGUGCCGUGGUGAUUGGCGUGAGACCAACAACUGCUUCCUGAAAGAUUGCCCAGUUGAUGGACGCUGGUUAUCAUGGAGCUCAUGGGGAAGCUGCAGCAAGACCUGUGGUGGAGGAAGCCAGCAGAGACAGAGGAUGUGCGAAGGACCUUACUUUGGUGGAGAGCCUUGCCCUGGAGAGAGAGGAGAGCUGAGACGCUGCAACGAGAAAAGAUGCCCAGAACCCCAUGAGAUCUGUCAGGAGGAGACCGAUGGUGAUGUUGUGUGGAAGAGAACCCCAGCAGGAGAUAUGGCGGCCGUGACCUGCCCUACAGAUUCCACAGGCUUGACCUUGCGCCGAUGCACCCUUGGCGCUGUAGGCCUUGCUUAUUGGGAGAAUCCAACCUAUAUCAAGUGCAUCUCCAAGAACUACCAGGACAUUUCUACACUGGCCCAGGAUGGUGUUGAUAAGGCUAAGAAGGGCUUGAUGGCUGAUGGGAUUUCUGAGGUGAUCUCCCGACUGAGGGCCACCUCUGAUGAGGGAACCAAGUACAGCGGAGACCUACUGUCCAUCAUGGAUGUCCUCAGGAACACCACUGAGAUCUACAAAGGAGCUGGAUACAGCCUGAGCAAUGCCGAUGUGGAGAACUAUGCCCAGACAAUCAGCAACUUACUGAAGGAGGAACAUCAUGACAAAUGGGAGGAGGCACAGCUGAUGGGCGCUAACGUCAAGGAGUUCUUGCAGCUCGUCGAGGACUUUGUGGACAUGAUCGGUAUGCAGAUGAAGGACUUCCAGGACAUUUAUGAAGUCACGGAGAAUUUAGUGUUGAGCAUCCAUAAACGCCCCACAGCCAUGACCACCGACUUCACCUUCCCAGUGAAAGGAUGGAGAGGCAUGAUGGACUGGGUCAGGACCUCAGAGGAGAAGAUCACCGUCUCCCGCGACGCUUUGUCGAUCGACCAGUUCGAGGGCACCACUGCAUUUGUGACAGGGAUCAUUCUGUACAGAAACCUCAGCUCCAUCCUAUCCUUCCAAAGUAACAGCAGUGUACUCAACUCGAAGGUAGUUACGGUUGUGGUCAAGCCCACCCCAGGUCUGCUCUCCACCCCAGUGGAAAUCGAGUUCCCCCACCUCCAUAAUGACACCAUCAAUGAAACGUGCAUCUCCUGGGAUGAGAGUGAAACUUCUUCGCUGCUUGGAUCUUGGUCUGCGCGUAGCUGCAGAGCGGUCGCUGUUGAUUCUUUCAGAACUAAAUGCGUCUGUGACAGGCUCUCCACCUUCGCCAUUUUAGCACGGCUGAACCCUGAUAUGAACAUGGAGAAGAAUCUUCUUCCCUCUGUGACGCUCAUCGUGGGCUGUGGGGUCUCCUCUCUCACCCUACUGCUCCUCAUCAUCAUCUAUGUCUCCGUCUGGAAGUAUAUCCGCUCGGAGCGCUCGGUGAUCCUCAUCAACUUCUGCCUCUCCAUUAUCUGCUCCAAUGCCCUCAUUCUGGUUGGACAAACCCAAGCCCGCAACAAGGUGGUGUGUGGAGUGGUGGCCGCCCUCCUUCACUUCUUCUUCCUCUCAUCUUUCUGCUGGGUGCUGACGGAAGCAUGGCAGUCCUACAUGGCUGUCACGGGCCGUCUGCGCAACCGCAUCAUCCGCAAGCGUUUCCUCUGCUUGGGCUGGGGACUCCCUGCUCUGGUGGUGGCUGUGUCUGUUGGAUUUACCAAGGCUAAGGGAUAUGGCACCGUCAACUACUGCUGGCUCUCUCUGGAGGGUGGACUCCUCUACUCGUUUGUUGGGCCCGCUGCUGCUGUUGUUCUGGUGAACAUGGUAAUUGGCAUCCUGGUCUUCAACAAACUGGUGUCCAAGGACGGCAUCACCGAUGUCAAACUGAAGGAGCGAGCGGGAGCGUCACUGUGGAGCUCCUGUGUGAUUCUGCCCCUGCUGGCCCUCACCUGGAUGUCCGCUGUCCUGGCCAUGACCGACCGCCGCUCCGCUCUCUUCCAGAUCCUCUUUGCGGUCUUUGACUCCCUGGAAGGGUUCAUAAUCGUCAUGGUGCACUGCAUCCUGCGUAGAGAGGUUCAAGAUGCAGUGAAAUGCAGAGUUGUUGACCGUAAGGACGAUGGCAAUGGAGAUUCUGGCAGUUCCCUCCAAAAUAGCCACCACACCCAGCUCAUGUCUGAUUUCGAAAAGGACGCUGACUCCAACAGACCUGGUGGCAUGAACUCCUCCUGUGAGGAGAAGAUGCCCCUCCCACCUCAGCUACCCCUCCCCAUGAGCUCCAACUUCCACACCCUGCCCUCCCACACCACCAAGGCCCACAUGCAGGCCGUGCCCGAGUACUCCAGCCACACCCUCACCCUGAAGAGGGAGAAGACCCGGCUGCAUGGUGGCAUGGACCCGUCCUCCUGCGGGAAACCCGUCUACGUGUGCGAAGGCGAGCUCUUCCAGCAGCUGGACGCCAACCUGGCGCGUGGCCAGGCGGAGGGGAGCUGCCCCGACGGUAGCGGCUACUUGCUCCUGCCCAACACCACCUCCACCCUUCGCAAGGCCAAAGAGGACCCGUCCAAGUACAACAUCAGUGUGGAGCAGCUUCCACAGACCAGGCUGGUUCAUCUCAGUGGGCCGUUCGCUGAGCCCCAGGCUGCCUUCGGACUCAAGACGCUACCGUCCGACCGGGUCAGCGUGUCCUACUCGGAGAGGGACUCUCCCGUCCAGAACAUCCACAACAUGUCCAGCGAGUCUCACAUCACCCACAGCAGCCUGGGAGACACCUUCGACUCAAUGAACUCCAUGAUGUCCAAGAGCGAGACCAUCUCCACACUGUCCAUGAGCUCCCUGGAGAGACAGAAGUCCCGUUACGCUGAAUUAGAUUUCGAGAAGAUAAUGCACACAAGGAAACGUCACCAAAACAUGUUCCAGGACCUCAACAGGAAAUUACAUCACGCUGAGAAACAAGACAGAGAGUCCCCUGCUUCAGACAGCAAGUCUGUGAGAUGGAGUGUGUCCUCUGGAGGAAGUGACAAAACAAACCACAGCGACAAGCAACUGCCACAGGUGGAGAGACCCUGGGAAGGUGUCCAGAGGACCCAGCACUCGCCCCCCGCCUGGGUGCGGAAGGACCUGGAGCCCCUGGCCGCGUCGCCCAUGCAUAUGCAGCAGGUGGAGUGGGAGAAGGCUGGAGCCACCAUCCCAAUGGUCAGCCAGGACAUCAUCGACCUGCAGACGGAGGUCUGAGAGGAGAAGUCUGAGAUUGUUCCUUAUAGUUCCACCUCAGUCACCUAUUCUAUUGGUUGAGGGAGAAGAAGAGCCAUGGAUCCACGUGGAUAGAGUUAGAGGAAGCCAAUAAUGAACAGGUGAAGAGAGGAGGGGUAGAGAGAGCUGAGAGAGUGCUGAACCCAGAAUCCAUGUCUUCAGACCCUUAGCAAGAGAAAGAUGGAGAGAUGGAAGGAGGGAGGCUAUUGUGUUGUGCUGUGGGGAUUUGUUUUCCAGCAGGGACUUGAUAAUGAGCAACACUAGAGAAGCACUGUGAUUCUGACCUGCGGUUAGUGUCAGGUAGUGACGGAUGGUUCCCUGGUUCCAAGGACUGGUUCUGGUUCUGUUCGCAGCCCGACCACUGAGAGGUUUCUUACCGCCUGGACUCAGGAGAGGUGUGGUCGACAUGGUUAAAAUGGAGUCAACGUGCCCCUUUGACUCGUUUUAAAACGCUGGGUCUCACUUUACCCGGGAGCUCCAACCAAACGUAACAUUUGUACGCUUGUGUUUGUGGCCAAGGCAUCUUCCAAGUUAGCUAGGACAAGGCAAGAGGAGCGGUCUGGACUCCCUUCAGACUUGGGGUCUGACUCAACGCGGUGGUUUAUCAAUCAAUGCUUGAUCAUGCUUACAGAGCUGAGAAUUAUUCUUAUUAUCAUUAUCAUGUUGUUAUAGUAUUAUGAUUCUCAUUCUUCUUCUUACUAUUAUUGUUAUCAUCAUCAUGUUAUAGUACUAUGAUUAUCAUUCUUAUUAUUAUCAUUAUCAUGUUGUUAUAUUAUUAUGAUUCUCAUUCUUAUUAUUAUCUGUAUUAUUGUUUGAUUGUUUUAGCAUUGAUUUGAGUUUAUAUCUUACUACUGGUGAAUUUACAGUUUUUUGCACUGUAUAUAUCAUUAGGCUCAAAUAUUUUAUUUGAAUUGGAAACCCCAAAAAAGGACUGCAAAGCAUUGGGACAGCCAGCGUGGUGGUGGGAGCACAACCCUGGUUCUGCCAGCAUUCUGCCUCCGCGGCACAUGACAUGACUGGAAGAACAACCAGCUUUUUUUACAGGAAUAGCAGUGCAUUCUGGGAACUGCUGGGCGGCAUCAUCAGGAAGUGGUGGACAAAGACCACUCGAUUCCCACCACUCCUCCUCAGCUGGCGGCAGAAUGCAGGCUCCUCCGGGUUCAUAAUAAACAAGAGCCCCCACCAUGAGAUCUCGUUUCCAUCCUGCUACGCAUGCAGCCUUGCAGACAGAAGCCCAGGACUAGAAGCCGUCGGGCACUUGCCAAAACGACAUGACUUCACUUCCGCAGUGCCAGCUACUAAAAGACUUCAACACAACAUAUGUGUUUUAAAACCAUCAGUGUGAAACUCGUGCAAAAUGAUGGGCGCUUGAUGCUCAAGCAGGACUGAUAUCAGGAUUAUAAGGCCGAUUUUUCUUAAGAUGUUUCAAUACUCUUUUAUAACGUGUUCCUCCCAUUUACAGAGCAUAUAGAUACUUUAUUGUAUAACAAAUCUGUAUUAGUAAUGAAACUCAUUCAUUCAAAAGAGGUUUGGUUGUGUUCCGAGUGGAAGUGUAAGACUACAAAUUAUUUGGAGGUCUAUGAUUGGUAGAUUAUUGUAAUUCUAAAAAACAGAUGUUAUAUAGAAUUAAUAAUAGCCUAUAAGAAUAUAUCUAAAAAAACUGUGCUUCAGGAUAACGGAUUUGAUUCCAUACCUCACAGUGUGGAAUAACUGAACCUCAUGUCUUCUGUAAUAGUGUUUUGGAUCAUCUUGUCAUAUUACCCUACAGUAUGUGCCCAAAAUCUUUCCUGUCCCCUAUUUCUUCCUUCCUAGCCAUAGCGCCCAAUACAUACCCCCCCCCCCCCCCCCCCCCGAGUUACUUGUAUCAAAUACCCAUUUGUAUCUACACUUCCCCUUAGUUUUUUUGUUAGAAUACAACUUUUUUUGCGUUUCUCUUGUUGUAAAUGUACAGUUUUCAGAGCACAAGAUGAAUGUGAUUUUUGUUCUAAUAAAAUGAAAACAUAUCUAUAUG